CAGGAAGCUGCCACAUUAGGAAACAAGCGAUACAUUUGAAGCCGUAUCGGUGUAAAAACAACAUGAGUGAAGGACGAAAGCAUUUUGACUGGCCUGACUGACGCAAUGAAGGGCUGGCUCUCCACCGGUCUGUCUCUGGCAGUUCUCCUUUCUGCAAAAGUCCUGGCACAGACCCCAGUGCCAAUCAACUUCAUCCCAGCUCUGGUGCAGGUCCAAACAGGCAGUGAUAUCCUGUUCACAGUGCAGGUUGACGCUGCUGUUUUCUCCAUGUCAUGGGCUUACCAAACGGGAGCUACUCUGGGUAUGUGGACCCCAUCUGCCUCUUCUGACAACAAUGUACCUCAGUUCCAAGGCAGACUCGUCUUCAGUGCCACCCAGCUUCGAAUCAGAGCAGCUCAGCUCAACGAUGCAGGGUUCUACACAGUGGAUGUGGUGCCCGCCUCUUCCACAGGCUUUGUGAAAAACUCCCGAUCCGUGGAGCUGAAGGUGUUUGACCCAGUUGCUGGGAUAAGUCUGACUGUCCCUUCAGUGGCAGUGGAGGAGAAAAAUGUGUCUCUGAGUUGCACGUGGACCGGUGGUACUAAAGUAACUGCACAGUGGCAGAAAGAUGGCACAGCCAUCACACCCGAUUCUAGAAUCACCAUCUCCAGUGGCUUUUUAGUAAUCAACCCAGCCAGACGUGAUGAUGCCGGAGAGUACUCUUGCACCGCCAGCAACAAUGUCAGCGCCCAGACUUCCACAAAGAGCCUCACUGUCUACUAUGGACCCAACACUCCCGUCCUGACUGUCGACUCCCCAAAGAAAUGCGUCGGUGGAGGGGACGUGUUGGUGGGCCAAGCAGUGCGUCUCACCUGUACUUCGACCUCGCUGCCCUCUGCCACGUUCUCAUGGGAACGUGACGGACAGCCCAUCUCAUCCGGGGCGCCAGACAGUGGGGUGCUCAGUCUCCAGACCUUCUCGACUAAAGAGAGUGGCCAGUAUGCGUGCAUAGCCACAAACAGCAUCACCAGGGGCACGUCGAAGCAGAGCUAUAACUUGACAGUUGUGGGUGUUUGUUUUGAUGGAGGGGAAGUUGCAGGGAUUGUGAUUGGAGCUUUCCUGGGCCUCCUAAUCAUUGUGCUUCUUAUUUUGUUCCUCGUUGUUCUUGUGCGAAGGAAAAGAGCACAGGCACAAAGGAGCAAUGUUGUGUUUGAUCCGGAGACAGAUCCAAUUGGAAGACCUCUGCCUCCAGAUCCUCAAACUAAUGGUGUAUGGAAUUUGGACCAAGGUCUCCAGCCUCCGCUCCAUCAGACGAACAGGCAAGCAAACCAACCUGAGCACUUAAUCACCAACAACCUUGAAACCCAGGCAAGCCCACAGGCGCGGACUCUGAACAGAGAGCGUGACUUUGACGUUCAGCAAAAUAAUAGCCGCACUCGCACAAACCAACGUCGGCAAAAUCUUACCUCAUACCCAAACGAUGGCUUUGACAAUCCAGCUUUUACACACAUGGAUUCUCAGAAUGUAAGCUUGGCUCCGAGCAUGCAGCAGCAGCAAAAUCCAAACAUUCUUAUUCAGGCCGUACCUGGGCAGGGUGGCAGACAGCCUCCAGCAGUUCAAGUCAGCCUCAAUUCUAAUAAUCCAAACAACAAUGCUCAUAUACCCACUAUUAAUGUCAACCUCAACUCCUAUCCAGGCAAUGGCCAACAGGCUCUGCAAGAAAGUUCUUCUCCUCCAAGUAAUCAAGGCUUUAAUGGUGUUCCACAAACGCGAAACAACUUCAGAGACACAAGGUGGUUGAAUGCUGCAACACAAGGCGGACAGUUCUAUCCAAGUAACCACAGACUAAAUGGUCAUGUUAAUCAAAAUUAUCAAGAUGAAGCUGGACUUAUUCCAACUGGAUACACACAUUUUAAUAACAAUAUGACUUCCCAGCUAAAUGAAAACACACAGACCUAUCAGCAGGAGCCAGAGCCUCAUAGAAGACCAGACAGAGAGUCAAGACAACAUGAGUCAACACCGAGAUCCAGGCAGAGACAGAUCCCAUGGGACUUUCUCAGAGGAACUCCAGCAUACCCCAACGGGACGCCUCAAAGAGUACAAAUGCAACCUGAAGCUGAUUCAGAUUACAGUGCAGAGUACACCGUGCAUCCUCCCAUACGAGAGGGACGUACAGUAAACAGACUGCCACCUCAGAGCCAAGCCGAUACACGGCGGAGAACUCCUCCGAGACGCGAUCCACCCUCAGAGGACAGUCAGACCUAUCAUGCUGCUGAUCGUCCUCAAAAUGCUAAUAAUGAUAUGCUCCCUGAGCACUCACACCACACACAGAGAAACCCCCGUGCAGAGAGGGAAAGGUCUCAGCGAGACAUCAGAGGUAGCCAGACUGCCCCCAGGCAGGAAACUACUCGCAGCAAUAACCCCCAGGCAUCGCCGCUCAUGAGCCAGCAGGCCUCUGCAGGCAACGCUGUUAUGUCACAAGAACCCACAGCACAACAGGGACUUACUACACCACAGGGCACAGAUACAAGAGCUUUGGCUGAUCCUAAUCACCUUCACCAGCCCCACACAGCACAACAAAACAUAGUUGCACCAGCCCAAACACGGCGAGGUCAGACACAGCCUGUCAUGCACGGUGCCAUCCAGCCGCGUCAGAGGGGCGCCGAUCCAGUCCCAGUGCCUCCUGCCCAGCAUAAUUCCAGUAACCUAACCCAGGCUGCAGUGAGAGCCCACACUGAGAGGGCUCAAGUAUUUAAAAAUCGGAGAGAGCAAACUCAGACGGCCCUGAUUCACUCUGGCACAGUGCAGACUCCAGCUCCUGCUGCUGGAGGUCAACAGCCACCUCCGCCUCCUCCUCCUAUCCCUCUGGAACAGUUUCAAGCCCUUCCCAAGACACACACCCAACACAAAUCCCCAACAAGGGUUCCACAGCCGCUCAGACAGAACAUGCCAGCAACUCAGCGGCAGCACGGUGCAUCUCGCCACACCACCAUGAUGCCUCGCAACCACCACCAUCAUCCUGGCCACGCGCAGGCAGGCGCACACCGGCACGGCCAUGUGCACACUCACAAUCACAGGCAUCCCGCCAAUGCUGCUGCAUGGCAGCAACAAGCCCACAGAGGAAGACCAAGAUGAUGACAGAUGUCAGCAGACAAGGCUCUGCAACUAUCCCGCAUGCACUGUCACAAACAAACAGCUGACAGACGUGAUCUAAUAUUCCACCAAGCAGGACCGACUCCACAGAGUCUGCUUUCCAAAAAGACUGUCAUUCCCUGAAAGUUGGUGCAAAUUCAGAUUUUCUGCAGAAGGAGUGAACACAUCACCCAUGGUGAUAUUAAGCUUUCAGUGUUGUCAAUUUCUUUGAAAGAAAUAUGGUCCCUUUGAGAAUUUACAAAAUCAGAUUAUCUGAACGAUGCUUAAGUUAUCAGUAAAAAGCAGCACUAACAGGAUAGCUCAUUGUUCCACAGACCCCGAUAUUUUGUGCUGUUUUGACUCCCAACUCACUGGUCAUAUAUCAAAAUUUGCCCAGAGUCUGCUCAAAGAAAGUUUAAUGAUCAAUGGCUCCUGACCAUGUUCGUAUCCUACCAUUCAUUCAUCAACACAACUAAACACUCCUGUGAUAAAUUACACGAGAAGCAGUUGCAUGAAUAUCUGUGAACACCUGAGCUAGCAGUGACAGACUGUAAAUGGAAAAGGGACCCCGGCGCAAGAUGGACUCAGCUGCCGGUAGUGGUGACAGUUAUGAAAGAAGAAAUUAGCAGUAGGGGUGGUCUUGACUCACACUGAGCUAUUUAUUUUGUGCCUUCUGUUAGCGGAUGCCUCUUCUGACACUUCUCAAUUAAGAGGAUUCGCCUCACUGGUGCUCGGAAAUAACGCUCAGCUUCACAAGAAGGGGGAUCCCGUGAACGGAUGGGCGCUUAUUAAUUAAAUGCUUUUAUGUGACUUAAAUGGCUUGGAAAAUAAUCACACUGAACCAUGAAUGAGGUCAGCUUAAAGAGCUGAAACUGUCAUGCUUUUCUGCUGAAAAAGCAGAGUUGUCAUUUUACUGGGUCAUGCACAUAUUUUUCUUUUGCUGUUUAUGUAUUUAUUGAUUUAUAAUGGUUAUAUUUUCAUAGCAGAAGCACCACACACUGCUGUGUAUAUGUCUAAAGCUAUAGCUCUAGUUUAUUUGCAGAACAUACUCAGAUGUGUUUGACUAUUAAGGAAGUGAGGUCUCUCAAGUAGUCAGGAGCAGUCAGUAUUUUACCUGCUGUUGACAGCUGUCUGACUCAAUCACCCAGCUAAUCACAGUAGACCAAAAAUUAAAGAGGAUCUUACACAAAUUUUGAAGCCGUGAUGUGAAUGAUAUGCUACCUUUCAUUACCUUUGAGUUAGUAAAGCUCUAUUAGAUCCAAGGUGUGGAUUAAGACCCCAAGGAAGAUGUUUUUUGUGACAUAUUUUUAAAACCAGACCCAUAUGUAUCUUCAAGGUUUACAAAACUGUAGUAUAUGCCAUGUGCAUUAUUUUAAUGAUCUAACAACUCUGGGUUGCCUCUACAAAACAUUUCCACCAUUAGCAAUAAUAUUCACAGUGGAAGAGAGACUGUAUUAGCUGCUGCCUCUUCCUGUCAGUAUCUGUCCUGCUGAAAGCAGCUGAAAUACUAGUUCUUCAAUAUUUUGACAUUCAAAGCAAGUUUAUGCAAGUUUUUCUAUAUUUUUCCACUCAUAGAGUCUUAAAGAAGAUGUAAGAUAGAGUAAAAAUGCUAUCACAAGCUAACCACUUGAGCAAACUAAGCCACAUGAGCCAAAUAUGUCUGCAAAAACAAAAUGAUAUUCUGCAGAAACCACAGGUUUGACUAAAUGUGUCAUAGUCAAACAAAUGUUUGCUGUAGUAUUCAUCUCUAAUGAGUGACUAAAGUGAGGCAUGCAGAAUACUUUUGUGGACCUUAUAAUACUGAUGAAAUUCAAUGUUCUGUUUUACUGCACUAUAACUCUGCUAGACUUUUAAAUAUUGCACAAAUUUUAAUGUUUUUUUCGGUUGGAACUGUUCAGAAAAAUUAAUUUCUGGAAAAGGAACAAAACCUAAUGCAAGAUGACUGUUUACAAAAAUUAUGUGCAUAUUUACACGAACUCUGUAUUUGGCCAGAAAAGCUGCAUGAUAAAAAUGUAAUUGGAUGGAUUUUAAUAUUGCAUGGUUUUGUAACACCAAUGUUAAAUAGGCAGUUAUUAACAAACUGCAGACAAUGUAAAUACCUCCUUCUAUUUACAUAGUGAAGAUAAUGUAGACGUUUAUAAAAUAAUGCAGAUGGAUAAGACGUGCUAUUAAGCUGGCUGAGCUUUACAAUGCAGGUAAGAAGAUGGCUGCUCAUGAUUACUACAUUUUCCCUACUUGGAAAAAAUAUUUACCACUCAACUAUAUCUCAGUUGGACUAGUUUUUUCAGAGCAGAAGAUCAAAAAACACAAGGCCAAAGAUUUCUUGUAUUUUUUAAAAUAAUGUUUCUCUGGAUAUGCAAAAGAUUGAAAGUAAAAAUUAGUCCAAAGGACAUUAAUAUCUUAAUUUUAAGAAACAAUACUAAUAUGCUAAGUAUUAAUUUAAUCACUGCCUUAUAAUAAGUAUAAGUAUCAUUAUGAUUAGCCUCAUAAAUGAUAUUUAUAACCAGAUCAUACAGUUUGUAAUGCCACAGGUGCCUUAUUAUUUUGUUAAUUUUUGCAGGGGUUUUGUACAUUGCUUUGGGUUUUUGAGAUAUCUGUUUUAAUAAAGAUUUCUGUUACUGGUGUCUCCA